AUGAGGGGAAAUCAACUGCCCAAUCCAGUCUUGAUUCUAUUUUUCCUGCUCCUUCCCAGAGAUGCUUCCACUGCUUCAAAACCGCAGUAUCUGGUGCUGGUCCCAUCAGAGCUGUACACUGGGGUCUCUGAGAAGGCUUGUGUCAUGCUUAAUCACCUGAAUGAGACGGUGACACUGAACAUAAUUCUGGAGUAUGGAAUGCAGACCAGAACCCUCCUCACAGACCUGGUGACAGAGAAGAACUCCUUCUACUGCAGCCCAUUCACUGUUAAGUUACCAUCUUCCUCAGGGUUGAUUACUGUGGAGGUGAAGGGGCCAACCCAGCAGUUCAUAAAGAGGAAGACAGUGCACAUCACAAAAGUAGACAGCCUCAUCUUUGUCCAAACAGACAAACCCAUCUACAAACCGGGACAAACAGUGAGAUUCCGCGUUGUCUCUGUGGAUGUCAAUUUUCACCCUUUGAAUGAAACGUUCCCAGUGGUUUAUAUUGAGAAUCCCAAGAGGAACCGAAUUUUCCAAUGGCAAAGUCUCAGAUUGCAAGGAGGACUCAGCCAGCUCGCCUUCCCACUCUCAGUGGAGCCCACUCUGGGUAUUUAUAAGGUCAAACUGCAGAAGGAGUCAGGGGAAAAAAUAGAGCACCCCUUUGAAGUGAAUGAAUAUGUUUUGCCCAAAUUUGAGGUCCAAGUGAAAAUGCCCAAGACUAUUGGUUUUCUAGAGGAAGAAUUUACGGUAUCCGUCUGUGCCCUAUACACAUAUGGAAAGCCUGUCUCUGGUCUGGUGACAAUUAACGUAUGCAGAAAAUACUCCCGAUACCGUUCUGUCUGCCAUGGAAGACAUUCACAAAGUAUCUGUGAAGAAUUCAGUCAACAGGCAGACAGUGAAGGCUGUUUCACACAACUCGUGAAGACUAAAAUAUUCCAGCUGAGACAGAAGGGGUAUGACAUGAGCAUACAAGUGGAAGCCAAAGUCAAAGAGGAUGGAACAGAGUUGGAAUUAACUGGGCAUGGAUCAUGUGAAAUCACAAAUACCUUAAGCAAACUGAAGUUUACAAAAGCGGAUACACAUUAUAGGCAUGGGCUCCCUUUUUUUGGGCAGGUUCUUCUGGUUGAUGAGAAGGAUCAACCAAUCCCCAAUAAAACUGUAGUCGUCAGGGUGGAUGUAACUGCAUACCGUUCCAGCCUUAUCACAAAUGAGCACGGUCUGGUGAACAUUUCCAUCGAUACCACCAAAUUCAUAUCUUCUCUCUUUACAGUUACGGUCACUUACAAACAGAAUAACCUCUGUUUUGAUAACUGGUGGCUUGAAGAAUUUCAUACACAAGCACAGCACACUGUAAAGCGUAUUUUCUCCCUGAGCAAGAGUUACGUUUCCCUUGAACUUGUUACUGGUACCAAGGCCUGUGGACAAAUCCAGGAUAUCCGGGCACAUUACAUCCUGAAUGGACAGAUUCUGAAGGACGAAAAAGAAUUAACUUUCUAUUAUUUGAUCAAAGCAAGAGGAAGCAUCUCCCGAUCGGGAAGCCAUGUGUUGUCCAUUGAACAAGGAGACAUGAAAGGGGUAUUUUCCUUCUCCUUUCGAGUGGACUCAGACAUCGUUCCUGCUGCCCAGUUGCUGGUUUAUGCUAUUUUACCCAGUGGAGAAAUUGUCGCCGAUACUGAGAAACUCGAGAUUGAAAACUGUUUUGCCAAUAAGGUAAAUUUGAGUUUCUCCGAAGCCCGGAGCCUGCCGGCCUCACACAACAACCUAGAGGUCAUGGCCACUCCUCACUCCCUCUGUGCCCUCCGUGCCGUAGACCAGAGCGUUCUGCUGAUGAAGCCUGAAGCUGAGCUCUCCCCUCAGUCGGUCUAUAAUUUGCUACCAGUAAAGAGUGUCCUUAGCGUUGGAUAUGGAGGUCCCCUGAACAAAGAUGAUGAGCAAUGUAUCGAUGCAGAGGACAUAAUUCACAAUGGAAUCGUUUACACACCAAAACGGAUCCUGGAUGAUGAUGAUGUUUACAGUAUUUUUGAGUCUGCAGGAUUAAAUAUUUUUACCAACUCAAAAAUCCACAAGCCGCAUUGUCAGCUGCUUCUGACGCGUCCAGGAAUGCCUAUGCCCUAUGCAGGAAGUAACGCCUUCAAUGAUCUUGCUAUUUCAAAUCCUCCUUAUCCAGGUGGUUUCAACAGCUACAUUGGUCAGGAUAAGACAGACUAUACCACAAAAGAAAAUUCUGUGUACAGAAAAAAGAGUACUGUGCUAAGAGCAAGAGGACAUGUUCUCAUCACAUUCCUGCAUGCCCUUCCUCUAGCACGUGGUAUUGAAGGACCAGUUUAUCCAAUGUUCACCAGAGAGAAUCCUCCAGCUGUGGAAGUGAAAGAGAUGGUCCGGAAGUACUUCCCUGAGACCUGGAUCUGGGACUUGGUGCCACUCGAUUCAUCAGGUAGAAAUGAGUUGGCAGUGAAUGUCCCUGACACCAUCACAGAGUGGAAGGCUAGCGCACUCUGCUUGUCUGGAUCGACAGGGCUGGGCCUCUCCCCCGUCAUCUCUCUUCAAGUGUUCCAGCCCUUCUUCCUGGAACUCAUUCUCCCCUACUCUGUGGUGCGAGGAGAAGCCUUUACGCUCAAAGCCACCGUGUUCAACUAUUUGUCCCAUUGCAUUCGGGUCCGCGUGCAGCUGGAAGCCUUUCCUGACAAGUCAGCGGACCUAGUGAAAAAGAAUGAAGAAACUCCCUGUGUUUGUGGAAAUAGGCAGAAAACUAUGUCCUGGGCUGUGACCCCAAAGUCACUGGGAAAGGUGAAUUUCACAGCUACCGUGGAAGCCCUGCAGUCUCAGGAAUUGUGUGGCAACGAGGAGCCAAGAGUCCCAGCACUUGGACGGAAGGAUACCGUAAUCAAGCCCUUAUUAGUUGAGCCUGAAGGAAUGGAAAAGGAAGAAACUUUCAACACACUCCUCUGUGCUUCAGAAACUGGUGUAUCUGAAAAGUUGUCACUAAAAGUUCCUUCAGAUGUGGUUGAAGGAUCUGCCAGGGCGACGUAUUCGGUUUUGGGUGACAUAUUAGGCUCUGCAAUGCAAAAUCUUCAUAAUCUUCUCCAGAUGCCGUAUGGUUGUGGAGAGCAAAAUAUGGUCCUUUUUGUCCCUAACAUCUAUGUUCUGAACUAUCUGAAUGAGACACGACAGCUGACAGAGACUAUCAAGUCCAAAGCCAUCAGCUACCUCAUCAGUGGGUACCAAAGGCAGUUGAAUUAUAAGCACAGUGAUGGUUCAUACAGCACCUUUGGGGAUCAUCGUGGCAGAAGUCAGGGAAACACUUGGCUCACUGCAUUUGUGCUCAAGUCCUUUGCUCAAGCCCGGUCGCACAUUUUUGUGGAGAUGUCACACAUCACCAAUGCCCUCACCUGGCUCUCACAGAGACAGAAAGAAAAUGGUUGUUUCCAGCGCUCCGGAUCACUGCUAAAUAAUGCUAUUAAGGGUGGGGUAGAUGACGAACUGACGCUCUCUGCCUACAUCACCAUUGCUCUGCUGGAGAUGCCACUACCUGUCACUCACCCUGUUGUCCGCAAUGCUCUGUUCUGCCUGGAAAAUGCCUGGGGAUCCAUCUCAGAGGCCCGAGGAAGUCUUGUCUAUACCAAGGCAUUAUUGGCCUAUGCCUUUGCCCUAGCAGGAAACCAGGCCAAGCGAAGUGAGCUUCUUGAAUCGUUGGACAAAGACGCUGUGAAAGAAGAGGAUUCAAUCCACUGGCAGCGUCCUGGGAAAGUUGAAGACGUUACAACAUUCUAUUAUCAACCCCGGGCUCCUUCUGUUGAAGUGGAGAUGACUUCGUACUUGCUUCUUGCCUAUCUUACUGCUUGGCCGGCCCCAUCUUCAGAAGACCUGUCUGUGGCCUCACGUAUUGUGAAAUGGAUCAUCAAACAACAAAACCCCAAUGGGGGCUUCUCCUCCACUCAGGAUACUGUGGUAGCUCUCCAAGCCCUGUCCAAAUAUGGAGCAGCAACUUUCAGUAGAAGGGAGAAAGCAACUGUAGUGACUGUCAAGUCUUCAGAGACGUUCUUUGAAGAAUUCCAAGUCCACUAUACCAAUUGCCUGUUGCUGCAGGAGGUCAGGUUGCCAGAGAUUCCAGGGGAAUACAGCACGACCGUGUCAGGGUCAGGAUGUGUGUAUCUUCAGACAUCCUUGAGAUAUAACAUCCUGCCCAAGAAAGAAGGGAAAGUCCCCUUCACUCUGAAGGUUGAUACUCUCCCCAAGAAUUGUGAUGGAGUAGGUGCUCACAGGAAAUUCCAGAUUCACAUCAACAUUAGUUAUACUGGGGAACGACGAAGCUCCAACAUGGUCAUUGUUGACGUGAAGAUGGUAUCAGGCUUCAUACCUAUGAAAUCAUCAGUGAAAAAGCUCCAAGAAAAGCCUCAGAUUCAAAGGACUGAAGUGAGCACCAACCAUGUCCUGAUUUACUUUGAAGAGCUAACCAAUCAAAUUGUGAGUUUCUCCUUCUCAGUGGAACAAGACGUCCAAGUGGACAAUUUAAAACCAGCUACUGUAAAAGCCUAUGAUUAUUACGAGACAGGGGAAUUCACUAUUGAAGAAUACAGGGAUCCCUGCAGUGCUGAAUCUGAACACAGAAAUGCUUGAAAAUGGAAACUUGUGGACCUCAUCAGAUGAUGUUCUCCAGGAACGAAGGACAAAGACUUAUCAGGAGAGAGAAGAUAGUGGGAGAAAGAGGGGACAGGAAUUGGAAAUAUAUAAAAUU